AUCUGAAGCAAAUACUUGCCACUUCGCACAGACCUACUGCUUACCUAUCUUUGCUGGUCUUCCAGACUGAAGCUAAGCCUCCUAAGCCGUCUCAAAAAGAGGUAAACCUGGAGUCCUAACUGAUGUUCCUUUUUUCUGUUCAAACGUCCAAAACUGAUCAGUUGCUAAGCGUAUAAUGGUUCCCCAUUUUUUUUCUCUACAAAGUACUGUAUUUACCCAAAUCCAAGGUGACUCUGAAUUUAACAUGAUCCUCUCCCACCCCAAUAAUUAAAUUCUGUGAAUAGAAAAUAUAUAAAUUAGUUAUUUUCUAUGUACAUUCUGUGUAUCAUAGUCUUAAAUUCAUCCCCUCAACCACGAUGAGGGAAGGGCAAGUAGGAGAGGGGUAGAUGGUCUGGGAGGCGGGGUGCUCCUGGCCCCAGUCUGGCCUGGUAGCAGUGUUAGUGCUAGCAGUUCUGGCCCAGUCCAGGCUUUGAGGCCUGGCUGAAGCUGCUGCCACCCCUGUAACAGCUGUUGCUAGGCUGGGGCUGGGGCUGGAGCAAGAGCAAGCAUGUGCUUUGUGCCCUGGGUUGAAGCCAUGAAAGAAUUGAGGGUAAGCCGCUGUGGGAGGUGGGGGGGAAAGGAGGCACAUAGGAGCCACAUGCCCCUUUGAUGCCCUGUACUUGAAUCCAAGAUGAGGGACUUUCACCCCCUCCAUGUUGAAUGGGGUGGGGAUGGGGAGAACCUUGUCCUGGAUUCAAGUAAAUAAAUAAGUCCCUGUGCUGUUUAUGACUCAUGGCUUUUUGUGAUUUUUGGAUUUUUUUUUUCAGUGUAGAAUAUGCAAUAUGAAAGCAAAGCCAGAGACGCAGCAGAGCAGGCCUGUACCUGGAGCAGCUGUCAGUGCUCAGAGCUGCAGUGCAAUCAGUCUCCACUGCAGAGACAGCUGCUUUUGUGCACCACCCCCCCACCCCAUGCCAAAGGCAGCAAUAGGACUACUGCCUAAGGUGUCGUGUCCCCCCGUCCCCCCCGGUCAGUUAUGGUACUGGCAAAACCAGUUUGAAGUGUGUAUUACUCUUGAAAUGCAAGGGUCAACAUAUAGUAAAGACAUUGAUAUCUCAGUUGCUAUGUUGUGUUUUUGGUUUCCAUGUUCAUACUAAAACACAAGAAAUAGCCUGCUCUGUUACUCUGUUUUUUUCCCAUUAGGCCUUGUCCACAUUGCAGUGACAGGCAUAAUUGCAUCUCAUGUAGACUAAUCCUAACUGGCAUCAAUAUAGCAAUGAAGCUGUGUGGUAAUGCGAGCUGUACAGCAGGCUGCUGAUACUCUUGCUGUCAGACAAAAAAGAAGAAUCUAUGACAUCACCAAUGUUUUGGAAGGGAUUGAUUUGAUUGAGAAAAAGUCAAAAAACAGCAUUCAGUGGAAAGGUGUAGGUGCUGGCUGCAAUACAAAAGAAGUCAUAGACAGGCUGAGGUAUCUGGAAGCCGAAAUUGAAGAUCUGGAACUAAAAGAAAAAGAGCUGGAUCAGCAAAAACUGUGGCUGCAGCAAAGCAUCAAAAAUGUAAUGGAUGACUCCACAAACAACCAAUUUUCAUACAUCACUCAUGAAGACAUCUGUAAUUGCUUCAAUGGAGACACGCUUCUAGCAAUUCAAGCACCUUGUGGUACACAGUUAGAAGUUCCUAUACCUGAAAUGGGACAAAAUGGACAAAAGAAAUACCAGAUCAAUCUAAAAAGCAGUUCAGGACCUAUCCAUGUUUUGCUUAUUAAUAAAGAAUCCAGUUCUUCCAAGCCUGUGGUGUUUCCAGUUCCUCCACCUGAUGACCUUGCACAGCCCCCAUCUCAACCUGCUCUACCAGUGACUCCCCCAAAACCUACCACAGCUACUCAAGAUACAUCAAAGCACCAUGGUCUUGACCAAGGGCAGCAUUUACCACAUACAUCUGUUGCAGAGACGCCACCAGAAAGCAGUUUGCAACAGAGUGAUACAGCUCCAGCAAAUCCUUACCCUAGCCUUCCAGAGUCUGGCCUGUACACUAGCCUUGUAACAGAUGUAACGCAAAAUACUGCUAGCUCAAAUGACUAUCCAGCCUUGCUUCCCUUGGACGUUAAUUGUAUUCUCAAGCCAAACUCAUUUGACAUUGCAAAGAUGGAAGAGCCCACAGGCACUAUUAGCGGUGAUAUCAUUGAUGAAUUAAUGUCUUCAGAUGUUUUUCCUCUCUUACGACUCUCUCCCACUCCUGGAGAUGACUACAACUUUAACCUGGAUGAUAAUGAAGGAGUCUGUGAUCUUUUUGAUGUGCAGAUACUAAAUUAUUAGAUUCGGUAUCAACCAGACUGUCAUAUCUACCUCUAACUAUGUAACAUUCUAGACUCCUUCAUAACCUAAGUAUUUAAAAUAAUGAAUGUAUAAAUUCUUAGUUCACCGACUUUGGGAGUGUUUUUCCUUUUGCUUCCUUAACUACUUCACAAAACUUUUUACAUUCAAAAACUAGAAGAAAGGGCUUUUUCAUUAUAAUGAAUUUCAGGUAAUUUGAUUUAAGAUCCCAAGUUCCCUUACUUCUUCUUCUGGAUGAAAAGUGAAAACCGUUUUAUAGCAGGUUUUUUUUUUUUUUUUUUUUGUAAUGACCCAGGCUUGUUACUUACAGGUAAAAGCAUUGUGUAUGAAGCUUUACUGCCAAGAAGCUUUUUGUAUUUUUUAAAAUCUUUUUCAAACAAUUUUAAAGCUUUCACUGCCAAACUAUAAGGUGAAGGACAGUAACAUGGUUAUGCUAAAUUGUUUCAGUGAACCAAUUUUGUGAAGUGCCUUCUGUUUUAGCACUUUAAGUUUCUCACAUUGACUUCUGACAUUCCACUUUCCUAGACAAUAGGAAAGGUCUGUUUGUAGUUUGUAUUAAAGUGUGCUGAUGCUUGUAUAUUAACAAGAUUUUUUUAAUAAAACUGUACAAAGAA